CCGAGCUCCAGGCAAGUUCCUCGCAGUUAACAGGCCACCCAGAGAGAAGACAGCCAAGACCCAGCCACAGGGUGAAGCUCUGGUUAGCCGGUGGCCUCUUCAGCUCGGGCCCCCCAUAGUGUGGGGCCUGAGGGAUUACCCUGACUUGUCCUCUCUUAGGACUGAGGAGUGUUAACAGCAGAACCAGGUUCACAUGGACAAAGUGAGAACAAAAGGGAAUCUAACCUGGAAUAAUGAGUUUUGGGAGAACCCCUGGGACCAGGGGGGACUGGCAGUGAUCAGCUUAUUCAUCAUCAUGGUCCUCUUCCUGGUCAUGUUUGCUAUUGUGUUUGGUCUACUCUCUCCGCCGGAGAAGGUCAGCGAGUGUGAAGAGGACUGAACUGACUUGCGGGAGACUGGGAAGGCAGCGGCGGCAGCAGGCUGACCUGUGUGCCCAUUCCGGCAGUGCAGUUCAGGGACCAAGCUCUGCUUUCUUCUCUUCCUGUCCAGUCUGGCUUAGGGGUUGGCCAGACUGGCCAGAAGAAGGGGCGGGCAGUCUGAGACUGAUUCUGCCCUCCCUUCCUCCUGCUGCCAUCGGAAACCUGAAAGCACAUGGAGGGACUUUCAACUGCCUCAGGUGAGAGGAGCCAUGGCCAACAAAGUCCCCACAGGCUCAGCUGGCAACCUUCCAAGGCUUGGCAGAGAAAGGACCUGAAGCUACCAA